AAACAAAUUGCCCCCAAAAGCAGCAUGCCUUUCUCUCUCUUCCUCUCUGCUUCUCCGCUUUAUAAAUAAACCAGCUCCCUGCCUCUUUCCCAUCCAUCCUCGCGCCUUAUCAUCAAGCAAAUCCCAUUUAUUUCUUUAAUAAAAAGAGAAACAGGAAGCCCUCUCAACACCAAAAUGGCUCCCAUAGAAAAACCCAGCAGCAGCAACCCAAAUAGCCCCAGAUCAGAGAUCCGUUUUAGAGGCGUCAGAAAGAGACCAUGGGGACGUUAUGCAGCUGAGAUCAGAGACCCUGGCAAGAAAACGAGGGUGUGGCUUGGCACUUUUGAUACUGCUGAAGAGGCUGCGCGUGCAUAUGAUGCGGCAGCUCGCGAAUUUCGCGGAGCCAAAGCCAAAACUAAUUUCCCUACGGUCGGUGAGCUUAUUCCUAUCCCAACGCGCAGUCCCAGCCAAAGCAGCACUGUAGAGUCCUCCUCCCCAACUCACCCACGCGCCGCUUCUCCUCCGCCACCACUCGAUCUCACCCUUAGCAGUGCUCACCAUAAUACCGCCCGCCACCAGUUCCCAGAUGGGGUUAGUUUCCCUGGAGGCGCGUGGUCCCAACUCCCUGCAGCUCAGCGCCCAGUUUUCUUUUUCGACGCGUUUGCACAGGCGAAGAAUAAUGACAAAAUUAGUAUAGCGAAUAAUAUUAACAUGUGCAGGUUUGACCGGACAGCGAUGGUGAAUGGAGGUGGGGUCCAGAGUGAUUCGGAUUCAUCAUCAGUCCUUGAUUAUGAUCAUCAUCAUGAUAACAAGGGAUUAUCACUUGAUCUUGAUCUAAACCUGCCCCCACCACCGGAAGUCGCAUGAUUUUGUGGUUUUUUUCCUUUUUUUUUACGGGGACAGCUUAUUUGGAAGUCGUCUUAUGGCAUUAGUGUUUGUCGAUUUUUUUCUCUUUAAUUUCCUGUGUACGACCGGAAAUGAGAAAGAUGUAGAGCUAAUUAAGGGAGGAAAAGAAGAGAAGCAGCUGACAUAUGUUUUGUGUAUAUAGAGAGAGAUAGCGGGGGCGAUCUAGAAAGUUGUCCUUGUUUUUGCAUCUGGGAAAUCUAAUGAGUUUCUCAAAUGUUGUUCUUACUACCAUUGUUGUUCGUCAUGCAUGAUCAAUCAAAUCUUUUAAUUAAAAUUCAAAGUUCACACU